CCUACCGGCAUUGCACUACUUCACAUUCACUACACAAAAAGCCAAGGGAACCUCUGCACCCAGUGUCAUGGCAGGAGAGGGGAUCACUAUUUCCCACUGGAUAGCAAGCCCUGUGCGCUACCAGGAGCACUUCAAAACCAGGAAUCUUGCUGAAUGCACUGAAGAUCAUCGACUGUUUGCCCUGCCAGGACCUCAAUGUCUGCCGCUGAAAAUGGACACUGAAGGGAGACAAACAGACACUGAGGACGAGGAUUCAGGAGAGCCAUUAUUUCAAGUCCUGCUGGACGUGACUCAGUUUAAACCAGAAGACAUCCUCAUACAGGUCCUUGAGGGGUGGCUGCUGAUCAGAGUUCGGCACGGGGUGAGGAUGGACGAGCAUGGGUUUGUGUCGCGAAGUUUCACCAGACAGUAUCAACUGCCUGACCGUCACCUCCAGGCAGGAGACCUCAAAGCCAUGCUGUGCCAUGAUGGGAUACUAGUGGUGGAGACCAAGGACCAAUGGUGGCCAGCGUGUGAUUAGGACAACACAGUGAAUUAACACCAUUCAUCAGGACAUUAACAAACUUGGGCUGUGUUAGUUGAACAUUUUUGUUGUGAUCAGUUAUCCGGUAAAGCGAUCACAUUCUUUGCUUUUGUAUGACAGUUUUGCUUUGUUUUGCAUGCCCCAAGAUGUUUAAUAUUCAGCUUGAUUUCCUGCAUAAUGCUUAG